AUGAGUCUGUGUUUAAGAUCUAAGUAUUUACGGCCAAACUUAAUAAGUUCUUUAUUCCGUUAUUCGACAUCAGUAGAAGCAGUUGAACAGAAUGACCAAGUUUUAGUGGAAGAUGAAGAUGCAAUGGCGAGGGAAGCCGAGAUAGAACGAAAAAGGAAUGUAUCUAGGUUAUCAGAGGCACAUUGGAAUCUUGUAAAUGGACGGAGACCUUAUGUAGAGCCGAAGAAUUGGUCCCAUUUGACGGUUAAAUAUAAUAGGAAGAUGUAUGGAAAAUACGGCAGCGCAAGUGGUGUUAACCCAAGUCUUUGUUUUCCAACUCAAAAAGAAAUACAAGAAAAAAUGGAGUAUGAAGCAGUAGCCUACCCAUUUACUAUAAAACAGAUGAUGGAAACUGCAGCAAAGAACAGAAAGGAACAGCAAGAGAAGAUUCUGCAGAGAGACAGGGAUAUUGCUGCCAAGUAUGCAAAACUGGACCAGUGGAAGAAGGAACUUCUUGAUAAGAUUGCUAAGAAAACUGCUGAAGCUAAUGCAGCUAAGGAAAAGAAAGAGAGAUUGGUAGAAGAAGUAAGAAGACAUUUUGGUUUCAAAUUGGACCCUCGUGAUGAGAGGUUCCAGGAGAUGCUGGCUAAGCGAGAGAAAGAACAGAAGAAACUUGAGAAGCAGGCCAGAAAAGAAGCUAAAGAGAAGGUCAUGCUGGCCAAACUGCAGCAGAAGAAUGUAGAGAUAAGUGAUACCAAGAAAAAGUAA